AAAACAAUUUCAACGUCAUUUUCUUAAAUCGAAACUUGGGAGCCGGUCAACUAAAUUUUCUCGUUUUGAAGAAGGUGAAGUUUUAAACAACUAAACAAGUGAAAAAGUAGAUCAAUUUCGAGUCUCGAUCCGUACUGUUCACAUUACUUGUCUUUGUCUCUCUCUUUCUUUCACUUUGAAACUCUAGGGUUCGGUUAGCGCCUAAAACGACAUUAAAAUGUCUCAAAACGGCAAAUUGAUGCCUAAUCUUGACCAACAAAGCACCAAACUCCUCAAUCUCACUGUUCUUCAGCGAAUCGACCCUUUCAUUGAAGAAAUUCUCAUCACCGCUGCUCAUGUCACCUUCUACGAGUUCAACAUUGACCUCAGCCAAUGGAGUCGCAAGGAUGUUGAAGGAUCUCUUUUUGUUGUCAAAAGGAAUACGCAACCUCGGUUUCAGUUUGUUGUGAUGAAUCGACGCAAUACAGAUAAUUUGGUGGAAAAUCUCUUGGGAGAUUUUGAGUAUGAAGUCCAGGUCCCAUAUUUAUUGUAUCGAAAUGCAUCUCAAGAAGUAAAUGGUAUUUGGUUCUACAAUGCACGUGAAUGUGAAGAGGUUGCAAAUCUCUUUAACAGGUACCAGGAGGGCUACAGGAACUAGAUGGUUGACCAUGCUAUACACUCAAUCCUUGAUAAGAAGAAUUCUCAAUGCAUAUGUCAAGGUGCCUCAAAAGUCAAUGGUAUCAUCUACUAAAAG